GCUAUUUAAGAUAUCAUAUUGUUCAUAACAAUUCUAUCGCUAUCACUUCUAUAGCUAUCAGCCAUAAUUGCUAACACUCCUCCGCUACCUUCAGCAGCUCAGACCGUAAUCCCUCUCGAAACGCCAGAUCUCAAUCCACAGCCAGUGUACCAGCUCAUUACAUCCAGCUCUAGCUCCUACCAACAGUAAGAAUCGCUAAUCGUUUUCAUUUCUCACUCAUCUUCCUUAGCCAUGUCCGGUUCUCCUCUUGUUCAAGGCGCCCUCGACAUCGACCCGUACCUCACCCCGUACGCGGCAGAUCUCCUCUCGCGCACAACCAAGGCCAACGCCUGGCUCGAAACCUUCACCUCCACCGAAGGCGGAAUUCUCAACGUUGCCAACUCCUACACGACGUACGGACUCCAUGCGGAUGAUGCAACCAAGACCAUCUCCUACAAGGAGUGGGCGCCAAAUGCAACCGCAGCGGCGCUUGUCGGUGACUUCAACGACUGGGACGGUACGCGCCACCUGAUGCAAAAGGACGCAUACGGAUGCUUCAACGUGCGCAUAGCGCCUGUCGCGGGCGACUUUGCCAUCGCUCACGAUUCGCGCGUAAAGGUACGGCUCACGUUACCGGACGGCUCCACCGUGGACCGCCUUCCUGCAUGGAUCUCUCGUGCAACGCAGCCGGACGCGACGCGCACGACUGAUCUCGUCUAUGAGGCGCGCUUUUGGAACCCCGAACCCGCCGCGCGCUACACGUUCCGCCACGAGCGCCCGCACAUCGCGUCCGCUCCCAAGAUCUACGAGGCCCAUGUCGGGAUCUCGUCGCCUGACCCAAAGGUCGCGCUGUACGACGAGUUUACCGACAACAUUCUUCCACUCAUCCACAAGCUCGGCUACAAUACCAUCCAGUUAAUGGCGGUAAUGGAACAUGCGUACUACGCGUCGUUUGGCUACCAGGUAACCAACUUCUUUGCCGUGUCUUCGCGCUACGGUACGCCCGAGCAGCUCAAGCGCCUCGUGGACACCGCACACGGCUUGGGGAUCCGCGUUCUCCUCGACGUGGUUCACUCACACGCGUCCAAGAACGUUGCGGACGGGCUCAAUCGCUUUGACGGCUCCGACCACCAAUACUUCCACGACGGCGCGAAGGGCGACCAUCCGCUCUGGGACUCCAAGAUCUUCAACUACGGCAGCUACGAGGUGCUCCGCUUCCUCUUGUCGAACCUCCGCUACUACAUCGACGAGUUCCGCUUCGACGGGUUCCGUUUUGAUGGGGUGACCCUGAUGCUUUACCAUCACCACGGGGCGGGAGAGAAGGGAGGCUUUUCGGGUGGCUACCAUGAGUACUUCAACCCGGAUGUGGAUGAGGACGCAGUGGUGUACCUUAUGCUCGCGAACCAGCUUGUGCGUGAGCUUGGCGCGCGCGAUGACUCGCAGUACCUCACAAUUGCGGAGGACGUUUCCGGCAUGCCGACACUCUGUCUCGCGCGCAACAUUGGCGGUGUUGGCUUUGAUUUCCGCCUCGCAAUGGCGCUCCCUGACAUGUGGAUCAAGCUUCUCAAAACCACCCAGGACCAGGACUGGGACAUGGGCGCGAUUGUACACACGCUUACCAACCGCCGCUGGCGCGAGCCUGUCAUUGCGUAUGCAGAGCUGCAUGACCAGGCACUCGUGGGCGACAAGACUCUCGCGUUCUGGUUGAUGGACGCACAGAUGUACACGCAUAUGUCGGUACUCAGCGAAUUAACGCCGGUAGUGGACCGUGGGAUGGCACUCCACAAGAUGAUCCGCGGCAUCACGCACGGGCUCGGUGGCGAGGGCUACCUCAACUUUGAGGGCAACGAGUUUGGCCACCCAGAGUGGCUCGACUUUCCGCGUGUGGGCAACGGCGACUCGUACCACUACGCACGCCGCCAAUUCAAUCUCGUGCGUGACGAUCUCUUGCGCUACAAGUUCUUGUGGCGCUUUGACGCUGCGCUCCAGCACCUCGACACAAAGUAUGAUUACUUGGGCUCUGACUCCACGUAUGUUUCGUUAAAGAACGAGAACGAUAAGGUGAUUGCGUUCGAGCGCAAUGGCUUGUUGUUUGUGCUCAACUUCCACCCGACCGAGAGCUUUGUGGAUUACAGGAUCGGUGUUAACGUGCCGGGUGUGUACCAGGUCGUGUUGAAUAGUGACGCGGAAGAGUUUGGCGGCCAUGCGCGUGUUUCGGCGGAAACGGAGUACUUUACCACAGAUAUGGAGUGGAAUGGACGUGCGAAUUUUGUUCAAAUUUAUUUGCCGAGCAGAGUUAUGUUGGUCUUCUCAAAGGUCAGAGAUUAGUGAGUGAACUUGAAAUCUGAUCGAAAUUCCGGUUUCUUUGGCUCUGCCUUUUAUGGUGUGCCUUUCCCGUACCCUGCACUUUCUCUUCUGUGCCUUUUUUUUCUUUUUGUCACCUACCAAUUUCCAGUAUGUAAUAUUGGUUCAUUUUUUUCUCUAUCAAAAUUGUUUUCCAUGCACUUAUUCUUUACUCGUUGAACUAUUCAUGACCAUGAUUCCCGUUAAUUGUAUCUAUUUAUGUUACAGGUGAUUCUCCUAUACUAGUUUAAACUGUAAUGUUCGGUUUACGGGCUUGACCGCACUAGCCUACCCUUUCACAGGACCUGCGCCUCAUUACCGCCAUUUCCAGCUUUGAAAAGUUAGGGAAGCAUAAGCCCGGCUGUAUG